AUGUUGUUUCGAAGCUUUUUAGCAGUUCUAGCUUUUGCACUACUCUAUAGUUUCGCAACAGCCUAUGUCAAGGCAGAAAAUGAACUCACGGCGCAGAAGUCCCAUCAAGUAGAAAAACGAGCAGGUUAUACCUUCCAUUGUGUGCCUGAAUGGUUACAAUGCACUGCCGUGCAAGUUGUCAUCCGGAUACUAGUAUUUAUUGUGACUGACACGGGCGCACCGUUGGAAACAGAUCUUGUAAUAUCUACUGAAAUCGAAUCAGAGAGUAAUCCUGGCGUAGUUCUAUGGUCUGGAGAGUUGACGCUGCACGCUGGAAGCUUUUUUGAGUCUAGUCAAACAAUCUACCUUCCGGGCAAUGCCAACACCUUGUUUGGAAUAAUCUAUACAGAUCCAUUCUCAUUAAUUUUGAACCAUGAAUUACUUGGAAGAUGCGGUCAAGGCAGCGGGGACCCACAUAUGGUGACAUUUGAUGGCCAUAAAUUUGACUUCAAUGGACACUGUUCAUAUGUGCUAACACAGGAAUGCGACAAGGACGCCCCGUCUUUUCAAGUCACCGCUGAUUUCCGAGGUAGAAAUCCUAGCACACCAUAUGAACCACCAACGAGGAUGGUAGCGUUCAAUAUAACUAACUAUGGAACACAAGUGAUUCGUAUAAAUGAAGACAAUUCUGUAUUGAUAAAGGGAAAGGCCUUUACUACUCAUAGCGCUCGCAUUGGUGACAAUGAAGGAUUCGUAUCGCGCAGUGGUAGUAACGUGACAAUAUAUUUGACUCAGCCUUCUGUAUCGCUAAACUGGAAUAGACGUCUACACGGCAUAACUAUUGGGUUGGAAAAUGUAGACCUGUUUAGCAACGUGUGUGGGAUGCUUGGCAACGCUGAUGGUGACCCAAACAACGACUUUGUCAUGCCCGAUGGUAAGAGCACAUCAGACGUUGUUGAGUUUGGUAAUAGCUGGGCAGUUGGGGGAAGCUGUCCAUAGAUCGAUAAAGAACAAUGAAACCGUUAUGGAACCACACGGUGAUAAUUUAUUUACAUAAGUACGGGUGGCCGACGAAUAACAAUACGCAUCUUAGCAAAUAUAAGUAUGAACGAUAUGUCCAGAACUAUUUAAACCUUUAGGGAGUAGGCUUUACUUGUUUUAUUCGAAAUAUCCUAUUCAACUGGCUAUGCUUGUAUAACUAAUAUAAUAUAUUCAUUAUUAAAUGCAAAUGCUAAAAAUA